AUGAUCCGUGUCGGGGAACAUCUGGCGGAGUUUCCUCUUGGCCGGUCACACGGCAAGCGGCCCAUAUCGCUGACUGCACUUUCGCUUGAAGCCAGAGUCAUCUACCACCGUUCGCUUGCAAGAGGCAAGCGAUCGGAUUCGGCAGGUAUAGUUGAGGAUGUUAUCUUGCUUGAGGCGCCAGUUUCUGCUUCAUCACAACAGUGGAAGCAAUUAUGUACCGUUCUCGGAAGAAGAGUGAUCAAUGCGCUGAAUCAAGCUCAAGAAGUGGACAUGAAGAAGAACGUAUCUUCUCAGCUGGGCAGAAGGAAACGGCGUGGGGAGUUUUUGAGAACAUCAGGGAAUAGUGAAGAAGGCAAAGAGUAUGCGGCUACACGUCCGACACUGAUGUCCCUCAUGUUUUGA